AUGUCGCUGUGCCAGAAUGGGGCACCUCCCAUGUACUUACCUUGGGCAAAUGUUACGGUUACCACCGACCAGAAAGCCAUCAACAGAGGGUUUCAACUAUCAAUGGGAACUCCCCCUCAGAUAAUUUCACUCCGACCGAGUACUGCGGAUGAUGUUCUCUAUGUUGUCAACAAAGCGCAGUGCGCUCCCGAGUAUAAUACUACGUGUAUUGGUCAAUAUGGUGGGGUGUUCGACUAUUCAACAUCCAGUACGUUUCUCCAGGUUGCCGAAGGUCAAUGGAACGGCACGAUUGAAGAGAACCCCAAUUCAUUAUCGUUCGUUCAUUUCUACGAUACUUUGACAUUUGGAAAUGCUUCCAUCUACGGCUAUCCUGCUAUUUAUGACGAACCAGGCUAUGGUGGGCAAGGUGUUCUGCCCUUAGGAUCUAGCUCCGACUUCCUCAAGAUUGCCGUAGAAUCUGGGGCAGCCCCAUCAACUGUUUUCGGUCUUUGGGCUGGAAGUCGCUCCAUUGAUCACCCAGUGGACGGUUCCCUCGUCAUCGGCGGCUACGACAGCACUCGAAUUCAAGGAGACCUAACGACCUUUGACUCACAGGACACUUGUGAAAUGUGCGUCAUCAUCACGGAAUUGUCCUACGAAGAUCAAUCCGGCUCGACAAACCUCUUCUCCAACUCAUCCGAAUCCCUCCAAGUCAAUCUCCAACCUUCCGAGCGAGUACUAUAUGUCCCACAAAAUGUAUGGGAGAAUUUCCAAACCGCCACCAACGGUGUAUAUAACGAUUCAUACCUGACUUAUCCAACAUCCAACCCACCGACCGGCAACUUGACAGUGGCUCUUUCCAACGGAUACAAAACGACCAUUCCCACCGAGGAACUCUUCUACCUACCCCGAAACUACAACGAUGACGGCGAAUACGAAAUCCUUGACAACACGUAUCUGAUCUCCACGAUCAUCAAUGCGACAAGUGACGGCUAUGUCAUGGACUGGGGCAUCCCGUACCUGACCAUGAACUACAUCAUCGCAGACUAUAUGCGGGACCAGUUCAAGAUGGCGCCCGCAAUUCGCACGGACUUCUCAAAUCAAGGCGGCGGUUAUGCACUCGAGGCAUCCUGUGACCCGACAACAUCGAGCAUCGCUUCCGCGACGGCAUCAACAACGGGAACCGGCGGCGCAGUAACGACGACGUCGUCUGCUCCAACUCCCCACAAUGGAAGCAACAACACGGGCGCGAUCGUCGGCGGCGUCGUCGGCGGUGUCCUCGGCCUGAUCGCCAUUGUCGGCGGCCUGGCAUUGUUGUUCUACCGCAGCCGACGCCGCAGAAAUGGCUCACCGAAUCUCUCGCAGGGCGGCGCGACACCAAUGAUGGGCGAGAACGGCAACGCCCAAUCGCAAUACGGCAGUACGGCAGGGAGAAAUGACCGCUACUCGCACUGGACGGCCAUGAGUCCCAUGGAAAAUGUGCCCAGUGAACUGGGCAAUGGCCAGAAGGGAGCCCCCAAUGUCCAUGUUAACCAGUGGCUUUCAAGCCAGGCUAGUGAUACCCAAACAGUAACGAGUUCAACGUCGCCGAAUCCGCAGAUGGGCACGAUGGAUCGACCAUUUGAAAUGCCCGCUCAGUCGUGGGAUACGAGAUAG